GACAGAGGUUUGGAGAAAAUAAACAAGUCAACAGGUAGUGAAAUCACGUUGGUCGCCGGUUUUAUUACUGAAAGCUGGUUAGAAGAAGCAAAGAAAGAAAUUAGAGUGUGUGUUGAAAGAAAAGCACAAAUGAUCGUUAAGGAGCAAAAACGAAUGCUAACAAGCUUGCUAGAAAAAUUAACCUCCAAAGUGACAAUUGACAGAGUUUAUACUGAAGAGGCAGAGAGUGCUCAGCUAGAAAUGAAACCUAAAGAGGUGCUUAGGAUUACCAAAGAGCACUUCCAAAAUCAGGUACAAGAAAAUUGGUAUAACUCAUUACUCGAGCCAAUCGAACUAGAAGAGUGGGAAGCA